AUGGCAUUCACCGGUUCGUGUGCCAUUAUUUUAAGAUUCUCUAACUUAAAAACUGUAGUGAGAUCUGGGAGCAAUGUCAGCGCUAUUACAUCUAAUGUAACGCAUCGUUUGGCCAAUACUCGUUUAUAUGCAACAGAGCACAAUGAUCAAGCGACCAAGAAAGACACUGAGAAGUUGGAGAAACCUAUGAGUAAAGCUAUGAAGGCUUACUUGGAGCGAGCUAAGCAACAUGAUGAAUUUAUGGUAAAUCAAACUCAGGACUAUCAAAUUGGUAAAAGGCAUCUGGCCAAUAUUAUGGGAGAAGAUCCUGAUGAAUUUACUCAACGCGAUAUUGAUGCAGCAAUAGAGUAUCUGUUUCCAUCGGGUUUAUACGAUCGAAAAGCUAAGCCUAUGUUCAAGCCACCUGAGGAGAUAUUUCCAAAGAGAAAAGCAGCUGAGUUUGAUUCUUCUGGCAGGCCAUAUCAUUCAAUGUUUUAUACAUGUAAACCAAACUAUUAUCAGACACUUUAUGAUUUAGUAGAAAAGUUUAAUAGUUUGAAUGAGUUUGAGGAUCGAAUGAUUCAAAAGGGUCUUUCUCCUGAUCCAGAAAAUGCCAUUGAUUUAACUGGUUCAUUGUGGAUGCCAAAGGCAGAAAUUGAAAAAUUGAUAUUAGAAGUACUUAAUGAUCACGAAUACGCCUAUUUGGUAACCUCGCUUGAAAGAUUAGUGGAUCAUCCUUAUUCAUACACUAUUAAGCCUGAAAUUAUGCAAUAUCGCAAGACGCUUAUGUCACAAACGGCAGGACUUAUUAUCCCUCCAUUACAAUACGAUGCAAAUGGAAGGCCAUUCAUCUAUAUUGUUCAAGAAAAUCAGCAAGAGGCAAAGUCACUAUCUUCGGCAAUGGCUCAGGUCAAAUAA